ACUGCAUGAAAAGUUGCACGAAAAUAGAAUAUUUUUCAAGUGGACGCAGUGUUGGGAACCAAGUCGCAAGUGAACAACAAGAAAAACAGGUAUGGCGUCUGACCAGCAAUCAGUAGGGCUCAACGGAGAGAAACAGGAGGAUACGGAACCGGUCGAGUAUGUAUUCACCGUUCAUCUUGGACACAAAAGGAACGCUGAUGCUGAUAAAAACGUAUGGGUAUCCCUCAACUCUCAUUUUGGCGAGACAUCUGGGAACGUUCUGCUGGAGAAUUUUUUCAGGAAGGACUUUGAUGGAGAUCUACGUUAUCACGCCAGAGCGACAGGAAAGUAUCUGUAUGACGUAGACUACAUAAAACUGUGGCUAGACACGUCACUACCGUCAAAUGACGCAUGGCAUGUACACAGAAUAGAUGCUCUCUGUAAGGCGACGGGAAUGCGAUUGAAAUUCCCAUUUAAUAUGUGGAUAAAACCCAAUCAAAGCUACACCAUCUGUCAUCUUGCCACCUCGAUUCCAACCCACGAUAAAUUUCCGGGCAAGCGAGAACAGGACUUGUGUGAGGCACGAAAAACGUACAUGCUGGUAGAUGGUAUGGAUGGUAUGCCGCCUCAAAUUAAGAAGCUACCUUCGGAUGAGGAAUACGACUCUCAACAAAAGGCUACGCUCGCUUAUGAAGGAUUGGAUCUAGCCAAAAAUGCCUUUUGGGACAAAGUUCUCUCAGCAAAGUGGGAAAAGCUAUCUGAUCUCAAGGACGUAUACUGCAAAAUAUUUCCUAAACCAUCUGAUGUAAACCCGAAUAUUUGGCAAGAAGAUUCUUUCUUCGGUAGUCAACGAUUGGUGGGUGCCAAUCCGUCAGUGAUCCAACAAUGUACAAAAGUACCAAGCCAACUUGGGGUAAAGGCCGAUAUGCUCAAACCUUUUCUCGAAGGAAUGGAUCUCAAAGCAGCCAUCAAGGCCAAACGGAUAUUCGUUGUUGAUUAUAACAUUCUUGAGGGCGUUCCGUGUGCACCUCCAUAUAAAGGAAAAGAAUGGAAGCUUUGUGCCCCCAUUGGACUAUUUUUUGUCAACAAGGCUAAAGAGUUAAUGCCUAUCGCAAUACAGCUGUUCCAGAAACCGAGCAAAACGAACCCAGUUUUCCUUCCCUCUGACCCAAAAUACACAUGGAUGAUGGCCAAGCUGUGGUUCAACCAUGCAGAUAGCACUUACCAGGAAUCUUACGCUCAUUUAGGUUCCACCCAUUUGCUGAUGGAGGGUAUCGAUGUGGUUACUCAUAGGAAUCUUGCCAAAACACACCCGAUCUUCAAACUCCUGGCUCCCCAUUUCCUGUAUCUCUUGGCAAUCAACACCUUGGCGAGAACAAUGCUGAUCAACCCAGGAGGAUUCGUCGACAAGAUCAUGUCUUGUGGCCAAGUGGGAAUGAGAGAAAUAAUAAGAAAACAACUCCCAAACUGGCGGAUGGAUACACAGGGAACAUUACCAAAUGAUCUGAAGAACCGGAAGGUCGAAGCAGAUGUCCUGCCCCGGUACUACUUCAGAGAUGACGCCAUGCUUGUCUAUGAAGCUAUUAAAACGUACGUCGAGAAGUAUGUCGCGGUCUACUAUACUGACAAACCAACACCAGAUUCGACACUGAGUGCAGUGUACAACGACUCUGAAAUACAGGCAUGGAUAAAGGCACUGGUUGCACCAAUCCAACCAACCAAUGGAGGCUGUGGAUUAAAAGGUGUUCCGCUUGACAAAUCAGGAGACUCGAUAUCAACCACCGCCCAGUUGACACAGAUCCUGACGAGCAUUAUCUUCACUUGUAGCGUCGGACAUGCAGUCGUUAACUUCCCACAAUACGAACAAUAUGGGUUCCAACCUGCCGCCCCCUUGUCAAUGUCAGGAACACCGCCUACGAAUAAGACAGCUCUGACUGAGGAAGACAUUAUGAAGGCAAUUCCUUCCAAAGAACGCACGCUGACGGAAAUGCUUCUCAUGAAGCUUCUAAGUACCAGAAACACCAAUCUCCUUGGAAACUUCGAGCACAUAUACAUAGUAGAUCCACCAGCUGUCGCCGUGGUCAAUAUGUUUCGAGAUGAUCUGAAAAAAAUUGCCGCUACCAUCGAAAACAGAAACAAAGAAAGAUCAACUCCGUACCAUUGGGCAAGUCCAAAAUAUAUCCCAAAUGCUAUCAGCAUCUAGAUGAGAGAUUCUGAAGACAUCUAUACUUGUGGAAUUGCAGAAAGACAGUUAUAUAUCAUAUACGAUUUGAUCAGACACAAUGCUUUAAGCAACUAUUGUUCAAUUAUACUCUCUUUAUUAUAGGUUACCACAGUGCAUGCUAUUAUCUGUGUACUCUUUUUACUGUCUAUUGAUCUUUGUGACCGGAUUUGUAUAUAUAUAUAUCUGUUAUCGACUCGCUAUUGGGAGGAUUGUGCCUACAUAUGCGAAAUUGGUUGGCUAUGGGUCCGGCUGGGUGUGCCAUAUCUUUAGGAAUCUCCAUGGGACCGAUUGCAUCUGUAUAUAUGUCAUUGAUUGGCUAUGGGUCUGCCUGUGUAUGUAUUUGUGCUACCGACUGACUGUGGAUCAGGUUGUGUACCAACACUCGACAUUGACUAGAUAUGGGACCGGUUUCGUUUGUACGUGCAGCCUUAAUUCGCUAUGGGACCAGUUGUGUAUGCAUAUAUAUAUAUAUACGUUAUUGACAUUCUAUGACACCUUUAAACAUUGUGUAUACAGUACCUUCGUUUUCGCUACGGGACCAUUUGUUGUAUAUGUAUAUACCUCCUCAACACGCUACCGGGCCGGUUUGUACCUUUACGCUAUGAGACCAUUUGUUGUGUAUGUUUAUACUUCAAUGACACGCUAUGGGGCCCCGUUUUGUUUGUAUAUACAGUACCAUUUCGCUAUGUGACUAGUUGUGCAUGUUUACGCGACAGUCUCUCGCUAUGGGACAGGUAUUAUGUGUAUAUACUCGGACUGAAUUUGAAGUCACGCUAUAACCUGUCUAAGCGACCUCAUAUUUGGUAUUCAUAUCAUUACAAGAUUCUAUUAGGACGAGAACUUCUGCAAAAAGUGAAGUUUAUUUAUAAACAAUGCGAAUGACGGAAUGUUAUUAUUUAGGGAAAUGUUUUUUUUCCAUCUGAUUUUAAUUUACAAAUAUAUAUUCAUAUACAUGUUUCAUUCCAUCAUAGUAAGCAUAUACUCAAUAUAUUGAAUGGCGAUAUGUAGGGCAUAUAUAAAGAUAACCGUAACUAUUAUGGGGGGAACAGAAAGGAAAAUAUCCACUAUACUAUGAAAUAUUUGAAUGGUUUUCAUAUAUAAAAGAAUAAAGAUAAGAGAAUAACAAGAGAACGCAAUGAUUUAUGGUAAAAUAUGGAAAAGAGAAAGACAAAGAGGAAAAGACAUAGGACAGAUCUGUCAGUGUAUCAUACAGGGUAGUUGACCAGAAAACAUGGGUUUUGUUUUUAAGUAAAUACUUUGAUUAACUUUGAAUCCAUCAACUAUAGAACUGGUUUCAGACAAUUUGGCCGUGUGUUCGACUUUUUGAUAUUGUUAGAGAACUAAGUACUAUUUCAAAACUUGUCAGAACAUUGUCUUCCUUUAGUACUCCAUUUGAAAAAGUUACAUUUAGAAUAAGUCAUAUCUUAUUUGUGUUACGGUUCGUUGUUCAGAUCAAGUGAUUGAUUUUAAAUUGUAUCCAUUAUAGUUUUCAUGUACUCGAAACAGAACGCUGUAUCUUUAAUAACAGCUAUUCAAAAACGCGUUCCUGUUGUCCAGUUACAUUUCUUAUAUGUACAGAAAUUCUGGGAUUCCUUUUCCCCUCUCAAGAAUACAUUUAGAUUCGAAGGAAUAAUUUGCAAGAUCAAAGUUGUAUUUUACGAGUAUAAAGAACCAUAGGUUUUGCUUGAUAUUUGGAACUACCCUAUGAUAGUGCAUAUUGUUUGCUAUUGUA